CAUUAAGAUGGCGGCUUCAGUGGCAGGUCUUCCUCAAACACAAAAUCAAGCGAAGCAGCAAGCCGGUGUUGCCUCAGAUAGAUCAUUGCGUUCAGUUUUUGGUGCGUUAUAUGCCCGAUAUUUUAAUUUUAUUCAAUAACAGAGGCGCUCGUGGGGCAAUUAAUGAAUAUUUACCACAUGAUUGAGCGCGUUUACACCAUGGUAGAAAUGUUGGCGAUUCGGCUAGAUCUGUUGCUUUAAAUUCUUAAUGGAUUCGAAUUGCUGAAAUUUUUGCUGAAAAUUUAUUUAACGUCCAGUUAUUUUUUUACUUGACGUAUAAGUAGUUUAUUCGAAUGAUGAUGGAAGAAAUUGAGGUUUAAAAAUCUCCUUCACAACUAAUUCCACCACAUGCUUGAUCUUUCUCACUUUCUUACCCCAUUACCCUGCUUGUAAAUUACCUAAACGGAGGUCAUAUAGGACUAAUUAUAUGUGGUUUCAAACAAUUUCAGAUAUUAAAGCUACGUGUUUUUAUCUUUUCAGUUGGGAAUAUUCCUUAUGAAGCAUCUGAGGAGCAACUUAAAGAGAUCUUCUCUGAAGUUGGACCAGUUGUUAGCUUUAGGUCAGCUGAGAAAAAAACUGUACAAAUGUAUUUUGCAUUGUACAGUUAAAAUUAAUUUUUGAAUGACUUGAAAAAGUGGCUUUUGUGGUAAAGAGUGUUGCAUUUCCACAAUGGAUGAGGAACAUACUCUCAUUACUACCUGAACGAUGCAUGAGGAAAAGUCGUAAUCUUUUAUGAGAGAAAUUUUGGAUAUGGUGGAGCGUCUUUGACACUAUGAUAAAUAACAACUUUCAGGCAUGAGAUGACAGAGAGGGUUACGCAUACAGUAAAAAAUAAUAACAUUAAUGAGGUUAUUGUCCCAAACAUCAGAAGUACACAUGAAUUUCAAUCAAAGUUUUGCUCAAGAUAAUGAAGAGGAUCACAUAUACAGUAAAAUAAUAAUCUUCGCUAGGUUAUUGUCAAAAACACAGAACUACACGUUAUAUUUUGAGCAAAGUUUUUCCCUAUUGGCAACAAUGCACACCAUAUGGAUUUUCAUUCUAUAGAUUAGACUUAAGGUAAGGAUAAGGAACUUCAAAUCACCAUAAAACUGAUAGCCAAAAAACUCCUUUGUUUCCCAACUUUGCAUGCCUUGAACUGAGUUUCAAGGAUCUUGAUACUCAACUUGAACAUCUAGAAACUCAACUUGAAUGUCUCGAAACUCAAUUUGAGCCUUGAUCCAUGAAGUUAUCAAGAAGUGAGGAUUGAGGUUUGAGGGACUGUCAACUUACCUUUGAAUGGUACUGUAGCUGGUAUAUUGAUCAAAAAACUUGAAAGAAAAUGAAGUAAAUUAUGCAUGCAAUUUAAUGCCCUGAUGUGUAAACUUGUGAGGUAUAACAUGUAAUAGUAUUUUUCUACUUUUGAACAAUACAGGGAUAAGUAAUAAUUUGGAGUAAUUAUUUUAAACUUUAAUUUUAUCAUUAGAUUGGUAUUUGAUCGUGAAACAGGAAAGCCUAAAGGAUAUGGGUUCUGUGAGUAUAAGGACCAGGAAACUGCCUUGAGUGCUAUUAGAAAUCUAAAUGGGUAUGAACUGAAUGGAAGAGCUUUGCGAGUUGACAGUGCUGCUUCUGAAAAGAACAGGGAGGAAAUGAAAGGUUAGCAAGUUACUGUGUGUCUGACUCAUUAUAAAUGUUAGUUUUUCACUAUGCUUUUCCUCAUGGUAUUAUUGUUUUGUCAGAGAAAUAUAUAUAUAUAUAUAUAUAUAUUUUUGGAAGUUGUUGUCUUUUUACUCUGUCCUUAUUCCAUGGGAGAAACAGUAGGUUAUUGAUUGUCACUCUGGACUGGGAGGUGAGAUUUGCUGGUUCAAAACCUCACUAGGUUGUCAUAUUGCAUUCAUAGGGGAAAUGUAAAGUGCUUCUCUCCACCUAGAAGAGAUAUACUUGGGUACCUCAAACUGUGGGAGAAAUCUAACAGAAUUCACAGUGGAGAGGGGGGUAACUUACAGUGGACUUGCAUCACAUCCAAGAGGAGAAGCAAUUCACCAGCUCAAGUCCAGCUGAAAAAUUGUGAUAAGCUGCUGUACCUUGGGGCUGCUUGGCUUAGGUAAAGACCAGCCAAUCUUUACCUUACAACUUUCUUUCUCAUUACAAGGUAUAGAAGGAAGCAGUCGUCCAGAAGUAAACCCUUAUGGACCACCAGUUGCUCCUGAAGAGGCACCCGAAGCCAUUACACAAGCUGUGGCAAGUUUACCUCCUGAGCAGAUGUUUGAACUUAUGAAGCAGAUGAAGGUAAAUCACUCACAAUGGCAGUAACAAUAAAGAUCCUUUCUUGCAAAACUUUUUAGCUCCUGAACUAUUGCAGGAAUUAAAUACAUUUUAAAAGCAUUGAAAACAAUAGUAAUCAUAAUGGCUAAUCAGAACACAAAACAAAAAAUAUCUGAAAGAAUACUUAAGAAAUCAAGAUGAAGACAAGCAAGUAGUCUAAAAUAUUGAAAAAAGUGCACAAACCAAUUAACAAUCGGUCAUAGUUGUACACGUGGUAGGUUAACCCUUUGAUCCUAAGAGUGACUAGCAUCUAAUUUCUCCUUACAAUAUCUCCCCCAAAUCACACAAAAAAACCACUCGCAUUUCACGAGUUUGCGAGUGCUAAUUUCGAGCCCUGUACUGGCAUGAGGGUGUAAAGGGUUAAGAGGAUAGUUUGAGUUUUCCAAAUCAAUCACAACCCAAAGAAGUAAAAAACCAUUCUUACUCCUGUUAACUCUUGACACUCAUUUUAAAUUUUUUUCUUAGAAUAAAAUAUUAAUUAGAUGAAAGCACCGAGAAAUUCUCAGUUCAAGGUUUAUUUUGGUUUGAAUUUAAAUGUGGAAACAAACUGCUUCCUUUUCUGUAGUGUUGCAGUAAUUAUUGCUAACUAGCUUUAUGCUUUGUGCUCUGCCAGAUUUGCAUCCAAAACAACCCUGAAGAAGCCAGACAGAUGUUACUUCAAAACCCACAGCUUGCCUAUGCCCUAUUGCAGGCUCAGGUUGUCAUGAAGAUUGUUGAUCCUGUCAUUGCACAGGUUGGUGUCAAGGAACAAAUUUUGUUUUACGAUUAAUUGCACUCUCAUCGUUCUAGCAAAAAGCAAACAGUGAGAAUGAAGGAGAAAAAAAGCCAAAGAAAAUUGAAUUUGUAUUUAUCUAAAUUUGUUAUUUGUCAUCACCAAAAUGGUACAUUAAUGUAUUUGAAGAAUUAUCAAAAAAAAUAGAAAGAAAUGUGUACAAAACAAUUUAAAUCAGCUUAAGUAGGUUUUCAAAGCAUGUGUUUCAGGACUGUCAAUAUCUUAUCCAAAGAUAAUUCAUAUACUAAAUAUUUUCUCUUUGGCUUUUUUUUUUUCUGUCUCCAUUUUUACUUUUGCAUUCUUCUAUGACAUUUUUUUUUUUGCAGUUAGGUGUAUGUGACUGUAAAAAGCAAAGGUGGAAGCCCUGUGGGGUUGUAUGGUUCUAGACUAUGUUACACUCUAGCAUUAAAUAUGUUGUGGAUGCUGGAUGCAAUGCCAUAGGGAUCAGGGACUUUAUGUUUAAACUUUGGAUAAGCUCCUUCCUGAAUUUGACCAAAUUUUUGGCCUGCAAUUGCUUGGUAAAGAUGAGGUUACACACUUGCAGUCAUGCAAUAGUUUAGCUGUCUCGCUUGAAAUUUCAGCUAGUAGUCCAAUUUUGUCAGCUACAAUCCUGUAUACAUAAUGAGUUCCUGAAUAAGAUUCCUCCUUGUUUUAGGGCAUCUUGCAUAGACCUACCGAACCUAUAGCACCUUUACAACCAACAGGUGCACAACAGCCUCAGCCACUUAUGCGUGCAGGACCUUUAGGGGAAAGAAAAGGUCCAAAUAAUGCAGGCCCUCCCGGACCCUUCCACUCAGCACCUGGAUCAGCACCUGAAAUGAGAGGUCCUCUAGACAUGAGAGGUCCUCCAGACAUAAGGGGUCCACCUGAUGGGAGAGGCCCAGGUGACAUGAGAGGCCCCUCAGAUAUGAGAGGCCCUCAAGAUAUGAGGGGGCCAUCGGACAUGAGGGGUCCUCCAGAUGUUAGAGGUCCACCAGAUAUGAGAGGACCAGGUAUGAAAAGAAAUUUCAUCAACAGAGUGUUAAAACAGAUGUGGCUUUAGAUAUUUUCCUAGCUCCACUAAUAUAUAAAAGAAUCCUAAUACUUAUUUAUUAAUUUCCAUAGGACCUGAUAGUCGGGGUCCACCAGAUAUGAGGGGAAUGCACCCUGACAUGCGGGGCCCUCCGGACAUGAGGGGACCUCCAAACAGAGACAUGAGAGGUCCCAUGGAUAGAGGCCCAGGAGAUAUGAGAGGUCCACCUGAUAGAGGCCCUGGAGAUAUGAGAGGUCCACCUGACAGAGGUCCUGGAGAUAUGAGAGGUCCACCUGAAAGAGGUCCUGGAGAUAUGAGAGGCCCACCUGAUAGAGGUCCUGGUGAAAUAAGGAGCCUUCUUGGAGACAUGCGUGGACCUGGACCAGAUCCAAGGGACUACAGGGGCCCUCAUUCAGACAUGAGAGGACCUGAAGGCAGAGGUAUAUGAAUGUGAUAACCCUUGGACAAGUUUUUUGUGUGUGAUCUUAUGGGAUAUGUCUUACCAUUAACAGUUUAGCAUGAGGGGGAAAAGUAACUCAUAUCACUAAACAAAAGAGCGAGAUAAUCAAAUUAAAAGUACUUAAAAUUACACACCUUUUCUUUACCCCAUAAACAUGUUUUUUUUUCUCUACUGUAUUUCUGAGAUGGCCUUUAAGUUACACAAUGAACAAAAAUUGGCAAUUUACGAAGGGUUAAAAAUGAAUUAUUUACUCAUAGCAUGCUGGAAUAUUGUGGAAUAAUGCCCUUGGAUGGAUGAUGUUGUCCUUGAAGCUCUCUCUGCCACCCACCUGUUUCUUUCAACAGUCUUUUAGCUGGAGGGAUUCUUCAUUACACUUCAUUACACUGCAUUACACUUCAUUUGAGGAGAUCUUAACAAAAGAGUAUUCCAGUGAUUCAUGGUUCACUUAAAACCAGGAGUGGCACAAUAAUAAUCUAAUAACAUUGACCCUUAUUUUUCUUAUUGAUGUAAGCUUUUGUUUUUGUCAGGUUCACAGGGUCCUGACUAUAGAGGUCCUCCCCAAGACCAGUUUGGAGACCCAAGAGAUCGACGCAUGCCCUUUGACCCCAGAGACCCAAGAAACAGAGAGCCACAAAGGGGUAUUACUAUACAUAUAAUUAUUUAUGUAUUUGUUCAUUUAUUUUUGUAAUAUUAAUUUGUUUGCCCCUCUACAAAAGAACUUUAUUAAAGGUUAAAGGAGCAGGAACUUCUGCAUAAAGCUGCAUAGUUUGCUAUCAUUAAUGCAGGCAUCACUCUGUACUAAUUUUAUGUCUAUGGGGCGCAGAAGGAUAUAUCAAGUUCAGUAAUAAAUUUUCUAUCCCAAUAUAGAUGUAAACAAUGGUGCACUUCAUAAAAUUGCUAUAGAGCAUGCAAACAAUUCUUAUCCUCUGUGUGGUGUGAGUCUUUGUGUCACUAGAUAAUGCUGUAACCUUAGCUACUGUCUAAAUCUCUUUUGCAGAUGAUAGAAGAGGUCCCUCUAUGGAUCCCAGAGACCAGCCCAGGGACCCAAGAGGUCCACCUCCUGAACAAAGAUACGGACCACCAAGUGGGCCAAGGGAUCCACGUGGUGAACGUGGUCCCCCAGGUCCCCAAAACGAUGGACGUUUUUCAGGACCUGUCCACUCACCACAGCAACAGUGGGGUCCUAACCAAGGGGGACCACCUCCCAGAGGUCCUCAAGGUCUGAACAAAUUGCCUAAAAAUCAACAUUACAGCUGUAUAUUUAGCUUGUCAACUCUACGGACUGGUUAUUUAAACAAAGUUUAGCCGUUGUUUAAAAAACCCGCGUCCUAAACAAUCCUCAUCUUAGCUGGAAAUUUGUGUUUGUGAUCAGUGAAAAGAGAGCCGAAAGCUAACAGCAGAAGGACAUUUAUUUGAUGAAAUUAACCCUCUUACAGAGAAAUCCUGAGGCCCACUGAUUGCGUAAGACCGUGGUUUGGGUUAGACUUAGUGAAGAUGACUGGCCUUGUAUGUUUGGAAAUGAUUCAAUAGUUUGUUUUACCCCAAUAACAGUAUUUGACUAAGAGGUCAAAAAUUUCCAAUUCUAAAUUUCUUUAUGCUUAUGUAGCGUCUACUCAGAUUUUUUACAAGUUUUUGUUAUUUGAACGAACUUACCACUGUUAGAAGGUCAAAAUAGUUGAUUAAAAUGAUAGAUUCAUUUUAUAAGAAGAGAAAGUUUUUGGAAAUUCUAGUGAGUUAGAAAUGUAGCCUCACAAAUUGAAAUAUUUCGUUGUAUUUCCUUUAAAUAAGCACUAGUUUGCAAAUAAAGCAAAAUGGAACUGUUUCGCGUUUUGUCCAACACGCCCCAUUUUAUGAUUCUAACUUGCAGUAUUUUAACAGGUUUUAAUCCUGGACCGGCGGGGCCUGUUGCGCAAGGUGGUGACGUCACAACUCAGGAUCAAGAGAAGGUAACCAAUGAGAUUUCACAAUUUUGUUUUGACCCCAUAGAUUUGCUAGCAUGCAGUUUUAUAUGCGAGGUCUAAACUUCAUUGUUUAUUCCCUUUGCAGGCGGCUCUUAUCAUGCAAGUGUUGAGCCUCACUGAUCAGCAGAUCGCUUUGUUACCUGAAGAUCAACGACAGAGUAUUAUGGUUUUGAAGGAACAGAUAGCUCACAGCACGCAGCCUCAUUGAUUUAUGUAGCAAUAUCCAUUUAAUUUGCUCUUCUUGUUUUUGAAAGUCAUUAAAACUCUCAGAAACUUUAUAAAGUGAAAGUAAGAAUUGUGUCCAGAAAGGAGGUUUCUAGCUCAAGACUACUCGUGGGAUAUCAACAAACUAAUACUUGUUUUGGCUUCGCAUGCUCUACCACCUAGCGUUAGAACAAAGGGAAUCGAGAGGCCACCUUAACGAACCUGACUGCCGAUAUAAUGCUCUCCGUACCCACCAGUCUUUUUUCAACCCUUUUCACAAUUUAGAAGAAAAACAUUGGGUGAUCUUUACAGCAGAUGUCAGUCCUCAACAUUUUGAGAACUUUAUUCGCCGAAAGCAACUUGGGUAAGAAAUUCUAAACCAAUUGCUAGAAUCGCUUCAGCCAGUAUCUUUCGAUGUAGCUGUAAUGGAUGGUUUGAAAGUUUGCCUGAAAUAAAAACUAUAGCGUUUUACUGGUGUUAGCUAAUAC